AUCCUUGGCUUGAAUUAGAUCUAGUUGAAUAGUCUAGACUUAUAAAUUUGCGACGACCUAAAAUGUACAAUUAUAAUUUAUAUAAAUCUAAAUUUAAAUUAUAUAGAUCUAUAAUCUAGGCCCUAGCUAGAAAUAGAUGUAGACUCAACUGUACUUGUAGAACUGUAGUGUAGUUUUUAGUGUAGUCAUGACAUGUAGUGAAGUAGUGAUCAUGAAUGUACUAUCAUAGACUACAUUGAUAGUUGUAGUGUAGAAUAGUCAAGUGUAGAUUUAAUCAAUUUAAUGAUUUAAAUUAGCAGCUCUAGAAUAUACCUUAGUUAAUAUACCAAUAUAAAUAAAUAUAAUAUAAUCUAGACUCUACUAGAGACUUAGGGCUGUUACUGUAGGGUUAGGCAGUUAAAUUAAGGUCUUGUCUUGACUCAAGAAUAUAAAACUAAAGUUCCUUGACCUUCUUGAUUUUACUUGUCCCAUUUUUUAAACCACAUUAGUCACUAUCAGUACUAUCAGCAGCCUAACAUUAGGCUAGAGUAUAUAGUCUAGAUAAAUUUAAGGUAUUCAAAGGAACACAUGGUCAUUCAUUCGGCCAUUAGCCAUUAAAAUUUAAGAAGUGCCUGGCUGAGACAGCUGAGAAUUAUUCAGUGAGAUUAUUAUAGUUAUAGUAUAAACUGUGACUGUAUUAGGUUAAAGAAUAUAGAUCUAUAAUCUAUAUAGGUCUAAAAAAGUGUGUUUGUGCCUAAACAAAAUGCUUCCUGUGCAAAAAAUGUUACUGCAUCAGCCUCCUUUGGAGGAAGUCUCAGAAGUUCUGAGGACUGGACUUGCAAAGAAUUUCAGCUUUGCAGAAGUAAAUGUUGUUGAUUGUCCAGACCUUUCUAAGGAUCCAUUUCAUUUAGCAGAUAAAGGUAUUAGUGGUCAACCUCGUAUUGUGGAUCUUGGAGGGCCAGACUACCUUAAACCUUUUGCUCAGAAAAAAAAGAACUAUGAUUUUAAAACAGUAGCUGAAUUAUCUGACCUACCAAAUUGUUUGAUGGUAGGUGCUGGUGCUGGACCUAACCACAAAGUGGGGAUUAACUGUGAGCUGAUAUGCAAUGUCAAAGUUGGAGAAGGAGCUAUUAAUAAAACCAGAAUUGCAAAAAUAGAUGAAACGACUGGUUCCUAUGUUCUGGAAGAAGAAACAUCUGGUGAGUUUAGUCUGAUGGGAAAUUUCCUUGUAAGUGAAGGAAAGCAGGGAAAGGUUUUACAGAUUAAAGCCAAAAACCGCAUUGGAAUUGAGAACUUUGUUUCUUGCAUUCACAAAACAUUGACGGCUCACUAUGGUGACAAGGCAGUUGGACUAGGUGGCACCUUUUUGCUUCAAACUGGAAAAGCCAAUAUACACGUCAUGCCAGAUUUUUUAGAUGAACCUUUAAUCACAGAUGAACAAACAAAUGCCUGGCUCAAAUUUUUUGAAAUGGAUGCACCACUUAUUCAUGUUGGAGAAAUUGUUUCUGCUGAUCCUCAGAAACUUCAUCUCCGACAGGAACACUUUCAUUGUUUCAGUCAUCAUGGCCAAGGUGGGCAUUACCAUUAUGACACAACUCCAGACGAUGCUGCCUAUCUGGCAUAUUUUAGUGUUGCUGAAUUUGUUUACAGAAUUGACUUGCCGGAAACUAGAAAUUUUAUUUUUUAAUUUUAACUCUCAAUUUUAUUGUGAUCACAUUCACCCCAGAAGAAGAAGAAUAAACAUUCAGUAUUGCUUAUAAUCUUUUGAUCCCACUCAAUGAGAUUUUGAGCGAAUAUUUUUUUAGUGUUCAAGUUUUAGGUGAUAUGUAAUAUUUAUUGCAUGAACUCACUAGUAUUAUUUUACUAUUAUACACUCAUAAUUGUAGUCAACACAUGUGGAAUAUUUGUUUUCAAUUACCUAUUAUACUUUAUAUUUUUAUUUCUUAUUCCAUGCAUUUGAGUAUGCAUGUUUAUUUGUGUUUUCUGAAACUGAAGGGGUAAUCAUUAUACAUUUUCUUAUAUUAUAUACUUUCUUUAUAUUACACAGAAAAUUUAUAUAUUAAGACUUUUUUAUUUUGCAAUUUAAUUCUUUUAUAUCAUUUCUUUCAGUGCCUAAGCAUGCAGAAAGAAAUAGCUUUUUUGUUUUUCUGUGUGUAUCAUAUAUAUAUUAUAUGUAAACAUAAAAUACUAUAUAUUUAUAGAUCUUGUCAUAUUUAAUGUAUUAAUGGUUCAUUACUAUGCUAUGUUGAAACAAUUCAAUAGAUUGUUCAUGAUUACCAUAUUUAUAGUAUGAAACUAAAUAAUUUGUAAUCUUUUUUUUUUUCACAAUAAGUCAUUAUUGAAGUCCUAAUAAAACAUGGAAAGAAUGUUAUUGAUGCUAAUAAAUGAGAAAUUAUAGUCUGAUUUGAUUUUUUUAUAUGAUACUAUAGUAAAAAUGUACAAAGAAAAAAAAUUUAAACUAAACAGUUUGAACACUUCUACAAUAUAUAGUUGCACAAAAAAAAAGCUUAAACUUCAUAUACUCGUACUGUUUUAAGCCCAGUAGAAAGGACUGACACCAUCACUGAAAUCAAAUUAGAUCUGGUGUAGAGUAUUAUUGAGAAUUCGAGCAAUUAUUUUGAGUUUUCUGCCUUAACAUACUUUUCUUAGAGAUGGUAGUUGUGUCUGUGUGGUAUCAAAUGUUAUAAUUCUUGUAUUUGCAUAGUGUUUAUAUGCAUAAUGAAUGUAGGGGAAGAUGGGGUGAAAUGUCACUAAAGUAAGUUGUCACAAACACUAUAUCGGUAUAAUUUGAUGCGCUAUCAAAAAUGCGAAACUACAUUUGAGAUGUUUACGGAAACAUAUACAAAUAGUUAUAAAAUGAAGCUGAUACCUUUUCAUAUUUCAAAGUUAUCAGCAAUCAUUGUUUUUGACUGUUUUGAAAGUGGAAUUUUAUUUUUGCUUAAUUUUGUUGUAAAACACUUAUACUGUGAAAUGUUUGUCCAACAUUACAUUGUUUCAUGUCUCUGUGUAUUAAUUACACAUUGAAAUUAGUUUUUUUCUUAAAGCUCGACCCAAUAAAAUGUUAUUAAAAUAAAUGUUCUGAAAAUUGUUGUGGGGCAAGUUGUCACACAGGUUGGGGUAAUAUGUCACAGUUGUGACAAUUUGCCCCAAUGAAGAUUAAGCAUUUUGAAACAAAUUUUAAUUAUGUUUUAUUGAUUCCUUUUUAUGGAUGAUACCUAAAUAGAUACCUAAAUAGUAUUAAGCGACUUUCUCUUUAAAUAAUGCUGUUUACAAAGGUUAUACCAGCAUCAACAUACAGAAAAGAUGUCCUCCGAGCGCAACAUUUAUUUUAGGAAAGAAGUUACCUAGUCCUUCUAUUUAGAUAGGUUGGAAGUGGGUGCAUUGCUGGAAGAAGUGAACAGAUAUUUUACAAAUAUUAUAUAGAAAAAAAUAAACAUUAUUUUGAAGAAAAACCUACAGCUUUCCUUGUUAGGUCCAAAACUUUUCAGAACCUCCACAUAUAUAUCAUUCUUUCACGACGGCCAGUCAAGGAAACUACUACAAGAACAAAGUCUUGACUUAAUAUGCUAUUUCUUUUAGACAUAGCAAGAUAUGGUGAUUUUUUAUUACAGAUUAAAUGUACUUUUGUAGCCUAUCUAAUAUUUUUCUAUCUCAGAACAAAGAAUAUAGAGUACAUUAGGGAGA